AUGCUGACUUGGCAACGACAAAUAUAUUUUGGGGCACCCAAAGUUCGAAUGCCUAACAUAAUAUAUACCUAUACACUUUGUCCAGAAGGACGGUAUAUUUAUAUUGUUGGCGCAAAUAUUUGUAUUCGCACAUCGAUUAAUGUUGAAAUAACCCAAAAAUUGGCGCUGUGGAUUUUUGAUUGUGCUAAAUUAAACAUGUCAAUAUAUAACUUACAUUACGAGACUUAUCCGGGUAAAAUUGUUGAUUUUUAUUCUUUAAAUGCCAAAAAAUGCGUACUUCUGAUGCAUAAUAAUGAAAUGAAAUUGUUAACACAAUAUCUGUUGUUAAUGGAUAAGGAAACGAACGAUACAGUUGAAAUUUUAUGCCGAAAUUGGAAAAUUGACGCAUCUGAAGCACUUCGCGUUGGAUAUGGUGGUUUACAGUUCGGGUAUAUUGUAGUAAGCGGAUAUACAACACCAGAAUUUGGAAAUGUUCUGGACGUACGGAUGUUACCUGCUGAUCCAGGAUCAGUGACAAUUCCAGCAAUUAAUAUGGAUAGGCAGAUUGCGAGUCUAGAAUCACUGAUAAAGCAACAUCCAUCACAGAAUUUGAUUGUUUGGCCCGGCUCAGUACCACUGAUAAAUGAUAAAGGACUUUAUUUCUUGCUUACACGGAGAAAGGAUCAAAUGCUAGUUUAUGAAACAAGUCUUCUUGGUGCGAUUGAAUUUUUACCGGAUGGAACAUAUAAUCCAUUGUUGAUUGCAGUAGACGACUCCGCGGUUAAGCAUCUUUCAGAACGAGAACUCUGCAUUAAUUACGUGUCCAUGUUGGCUCAACGUGAUCGAACCUGUUGGAUGAAUUCUGCUGUUCCAUCUGAUCCAUCCCAUUGGAGAAACGUUUUGCAAAGAAUUGCUGUUGUAAUUUCAGGGUUCAUAUUGCUGUACCUCGGAACAUUUUUCCUGUGGUUAUCAAAUAUCGAUGGAGGGUUCUGUGCCUAUUGGUUUAUUCGUGCUUUCGUCUGGAUCAAUGGCGGCCAUUUACCGCCUAACAUCGGACUAAAUCCGUCAUUUUACAUUUUCAAAUUGGAUAUGGAUUGUUAUCGAUUAUCAACGAAGGAUUUUCAAGCGAACUGUGCCUGGCUAAAGUUGGGUGGUCAUGCAAUGAUUGACGCAAUGAAUGACGGCAGUGCCGUAAUGUCCGAAUUAACUCACGAAUAUGACAUUAUAAGAGUUACGGAAUUUCCACCUCCUUUUGUUCCGCAAACACUUCGUCGACAAGCACUAAAUAAAUGUAUUGAUCUGUAUCCAAAUCUGUGUUCUUCUGAAAUGCUUCGACUGGAAUGCGGAAUUGCGGAUUAUCCAGAAUUAUAG